UGCGCUCAUACGGCCGAGGCAGCACGCCCAGGUCCACUGGAACGUCUCACGGGGGUGUUCUCCGCUCAGCCGCCAUCAGCACCACCACGGCCGCCCUCCUGCCGUCGUCCUUCUCCGUCGUCCGCGGAGUGGAGACCCUCCUGGCUGCCCUCGGUCCUCACCUCCAGCUGUAUACCUACUGGCAGGGUGCACCGCGGGCCAGCAUGUCCCGGCGGCGGCGGCCGCGGAACACUUCGUCCCCCUGCCUCGCUCCCGUUAUUGUCUCGUCCACACUGCACUGCCUACCCACGUCCUGCUACCCAGCCGCCAUCACCUCAUUCCAUCAAGCCCCGUCGUCUCAGCACCUCUUUGCCAUCUAUCUCAUCUCGGAAAUGCAAUUUAGCCUCGUCGCUCGCACUGGUCGCAUGCGGGAACUCAAACCUACUCCGUUGGACAUCCAGACCCGCUCGUCUCCAUGGCCUGUCUAG